UUUUAAUGGGCAGGUAAAAAUUGUUUUAAAAUUGAGUUAGAAUUUGAAAUAUUGCUUUAUAACAUUAGUUUGUUUAUAUUCCAGAGAUUUAAUCUGUAAGGAGGGGCCACAGACAUGAGGCAGAGGUACUGUGUGAGGUGAGAGACAGGUGCAUACAGGAAGUUACUUAUCAAUAUGAUCAGCAUUUGCAGCAGCAGCAGUGAUGGUGAAUCAUAACUCAGUCAAAUCUGAACACACAGACAUGAUACACAUAUUUUUGGAGACGGUUUGACUAUUGCUGUCUGAGUACAUCAUUAUCUCUCAUGUCCAUCGCAGAUAAAUAUCUCUAAACCCGCUUAGAAGUCAUAGAUUUUAAAAAAGCUCCUUACAGCUGCAGAACUUCAUUGAAAAUCCUCCUGUUUUUAAGUUUUCUUCAGUAUCACAGUUAAACAGUGACAGCUGUCUGUGCAGCCAGUGUUACAUAACAAACAGGAAGUGCUAAUAGUGAAUUCGUCAUACUUAAUUGGCCAGGAUUAAAAAAAUAAAGGUUUAAAUGUGUUGUAACGCGCAGAGUAACGCAUCAUACAUGAUCCUGGGGGGACCAUGAUAAGUUCUAGUUGGGGCCCCUAAAAGCUGAGGUCCGGCCCUGCUCCCUUCCUCCCGUCGCUGCCUGCUGUUGUAAAAUAUUUCCGAGGAAAAGGGGCAGGACGACCCCGACAGCCAGCGGUGCAGCCAUAACAUCUGCUCAGUGUUUGCGCUCGUGUUGUAACGCGCUUGUGUCGGUGUAAUGCAGCGGAACAGGGUAAAUACAGAUUGCGUAAGUUUGUCGGCGGAUCAGUAGCGUGUCCACCGGUGCGACAGCCCGUCAGAGCUCCGGAGCAGAGGCGGGAAUGGAGCGGGGAGAAGGGGACCAGAAUGAGAGCUCCUCGUCCCAACAAAACACAAUGUGGAAACAGUUUCAAGCCAAAGCCAAACCGCUGCUCAGCCCCAAGCUGGGCUCCCGAGACCCGGAGGACAAGAAGGAGCGAGGCAUGUGGAUGUUCAAGAAGAUGAAACGGAAGGAGACCGUCGCCCUGGACCGGGUGAUCUCCUCCUCUCAGCCCGACCUGCUCUUCUCUCAGGUGGAUGUGGAGACGAAGGAGGCUCCGCUCUGCGGCAAAGCGGCGGGGAGCGGCUCCGGACUCGGCCGAGAGAAGCUGCAGUCCUCCUCCAAGCACAAGUCCGCCAGCCCGAAUAAGCCCACGGUGGCUCAGCUGGUGCAGUCCCACCACAAGAGCUCCUCUCUGGGGUCUGCGUGUCUGGAGAGGCUGGCCGAGCCUCCAGCCAGCGGCGGCAGCAGCGGCGGCAGCAGCGGCGGAGGCGAAGGCGGCAGCAGCGGGGGCGAAGCGGCAACAGCUGCCGCAGCAGCAGAAACACAACUGGAGGGCAAAGAUGAGCAGCAGGGUAUGGCUCCUCCGUGCUCCUCAGGGGUCUCUCCUGAGCGAGCCAUCUCCAGCUCGGGGAUGUACAAGCUGGAGAUUGAACUCAAGAGAGGCAACAACCUGGCUGUACGAGACAGAGGAGGCAGCAGUGAUCCGUAUGUCAAGUUCAAACUCGGCGGUAAAGAGGUGUUCAGGAGCAAAACCAUCCACAAAAACCUCAACCCAGUGUGGGAGGAGAAGACCACGUUAAUAGUUGAUACUCUGAGUGAACCUCUGUAUGUUAAGGUGUUUGACUACGACUUUGGCCUUCAUGACGACUUCAUGGGAUCUGCUUACCUCUACUUGGAGUCUCUGGAGCAGCAGAGGAUGAUACCUGUAACUCUGGUGCUGAAGGACCCACAGCACCCUGAUCAGGACCUGGGCUCCCUGGAGCUCGCCGUCACCCUGACGCCUAAAGACAGUCCCAUAGAAGAACGACGAGACUCCACGACUAUGCUGCUCCGGAGGUCCUGGAAACGAUCCACUAAGCAGCAGCAGUCAGUGCGUCUCUCAGAGCUGCAUCGGAAGUCGCAGCUGUGGCGAGGGAUCGUCAGCAUUGCGCUGAUCGAAGGUCGGAACCUGAUUCCCAUGGACCCCAACGGUCUGAGCGACCCCUACGUCAAGUUCAGACUCGGACACCAGAAGUACAGAAGCAAGACGGUGCCAAAGACCCUGAGUCCACAGUGGAGGGAGCAGUUUGACCUGCAUCUGUACGAGGAGACAGGAGGAGUGUUGGAGAUCACAGUGUGGGACAGAGACACCGGGAGGAGAGACGACUUCAUCGGACGCUGCCAGUUGGACCUCUCCACUCUGGCUAAAGAACACACCCAUCACCUCGAUCUGCCGCUGGAGGAGUCCCGGGGUCACGUGGUGCUCCUGGUCACGCUGACCGCCUCGUCCCACGUCUCCAUCGCCGACCUGUCGGUCACGCCGCUGGACGACCCGCAGGAGCGCAGGGAGAUACUCAAACGAUACGGUGUGUUGAAGUCGUUCUCUAACCUCAAAGACGUGGGCAUCGUGCAGGUGAAGGUGAUGAGAGCAGAGGGACUCAUGGCUGCAGACGUAACUGGUAAGAGCGAUCCAUUCUGUGUGCUGGAGCUGAAUAACGACAGACUGCAAACACAUACAGUUUACAAGAACCUCAAUCCAGAGUGGAACAAAGUCUUCACCUUUAAUGUGAAAGACAUCCACUCGGUGUUGGAGGUGACGGUGUUUGACGAGGACAGAGACCGGAGCGCCGACUUCCUGGGAAAAGUCGCCAUCCCCUUGUUACAUAUCCGUAACGGUGAGCAGAAGGCGUACACGUUAAAGAAUAAGGAGCUGACGGGUCCGACCAAAGGAUACAUCUACCUGGAGAUUGACGUCAUUUACAACACGGUGAAAGCUGCUCUGAGAACUGUGGUUCCUGCAGAACAGAAAUAUAUCGAAGAAGAACCAAAAGUCUCCAAACAGUUGCUCCAGCAGAAUUUUAACCGUGUGAAGCGAUGCAUCAUGGUCCUGAUCAGCUAUGGGACGUACAUCAACAGCUGCUUUGAAUGGGAGUCAGCACAGAGGAGCAUCAUCUCCUUCGUGCUGUUUGUGGUGGUGGUGUGGAACUUCGAGCUCUACAUGCUGCCGCUGGGGCUGUUGCUGCUGCUGGUCUGGAACUACUUCUUCUGCUCCAGCAGGGAAACAGCCGACAUGUCGAUGGAGGCCAUGUUUGAAUGGGAGGAUGAAGAGGAGGAUAAAGAGGACAAGGACUCAGAGCAUAAGGGCUUCAUGGAUAAACUGUACGCCAUCCAGGACGUGUUCAUCAGUGUGCAGAGCGCUCUGGACGAGGUGGCGUCGUACGGAGAGAGGAUAAAGAACACGGUGAACUGGACAGUGCCUUUUCUCAGCUGGUUGUCGAUCACUGCCUUAUGUUUGGCCACGUUUCUUCUCUACCUCGUACCUCUUCGAUACCUUGUGCUCGUGUGGGGUGUGAAUAAAUUCACCAAGAAGCUUCGUGAUCCGUACAUGAUCGACAACAACGAGCUUCUUGACUUUCUGUCCAGAGUUCCCUCUGAUGUUCAAGUGAUGCAGUAUCGUGAGCUGAAGGUCGACCCCGGACAAAGCCCCAACAAACGCAAGAGGACCAACCCGAGCUAGCUGCUCUGUCUGUGUAAACAGUGUAAACUAUGUUAUUUAUAUAUUUCCUGUAUAUUUUGAUGAUUAUGAAAAGUGCUGAGGUUUUUUUUGGUUUUGUUACCGUGGGAAAACACUGAUUUAUUUUCUAAAUCUUGUAAAGAAAAGCUUCAGAGAACUCCUGUUUUUUAAUCCCUUUUAUUUCUUGUAACAACACGAAGUAUAAACCUGAAUUUACACGUGGUAAUGAUGUAUGUUAUGAAUGUACAUGUAUGUUACAAACGGUCUGCAUGUAUGAAGGUGUUGCAUGGAAUCGUUGCAUCUGAUUUUUUAUUAUUUUUGUGUGUUUUUAACUGGAUGUAUCGUCAGUGUCGAACAUUAUUUUGAAGGUAGUGCUGCAUGUUAUUCCAUGUAUGACGGUUUAAACACGUAAAUAACAUGUCCACACUACGACUGUGCACGUUCAGGUUAUGAAGUAAAAUCAGCAGGAGUUCAGUCUGGGAAACAGUUUAAACCAAACGCUGUUAAUUUCAUGUUAUUUUAGCAGUUAAAGGAGCAUUCCGCUAAUUUUUCUGUUCAUCUUCAUGUGAUUACUCAAGUAGAGUUUUAAAUUACUUGUACUUUAUUGCAGUAUUUCCUUUUUCUGCUACUUUGUACAUUUCAGAGGCAAUUUCAGAUUCAGAUUCAUACAAAAUACAAUCAACAGAUAAAUGACGGUGCAUUAUUAUCAGUUACAAUGACACUUUAUUGAUCCACAGCAGUUUAUAAAUGAUAUACAUUAUUCUGAGACAGGCCAUCUUCACGGUGAGUAGUUCUACUUUGAUACUUUAACUGUAUUUUUAAGUAACAUUUUGAGUAUUUCUACACUGUGAUAUCGCUACUUUUACUUAAGUAAAUGACCUGAGUAUUUCUUCCACCACUGCCCACAACAGACUAUGCACAUACAAAGCACAAUGUGUUUAAAAAAAGGGACCAUAGCUCAUACAGGACAUAUGGUAAUACACAUUUUUCAACAUUUACAUCACGUCAGAUCUAAGUGUUUAUUAAUGGAGGCUGCUGCAUUAACAGAUAAUGAAUGACAAUACGGUUAAACACAUUAGUAGCAAUAUUAGAUAUGUCUUCCAAGAGGAAAUUUAUAAUUGUUGACAUUAAUAAACACUUAAAAAUGUCCCAACAUCUAAUACACCUCCUCACUUUGUUUUCUGUGCUGAGGUUUGGUUAAAUGUAGUUCUGACAAGGAUUUCAUUUAAUUAUGACACAGUGAAUCAUACGUAAAAGAGAAAUAUUAUUUUAAUUUUAAUUUUGGCUUUUUAAAUCUUGAGCGAACUGAGUUUAUUUCACCUUUAAUCUUUGCUUUUUUUGGCCUAUUUCUUCUCUAAUUUCCUGUUUCUUUGGGCCAGAUGUUAGUGUGACAUGUACAGAAGAGUUUUCUUCUCCAGUUUAUUUCACAUGUGGAAGGUUUUGGGAUGUGAUCUCCUGCAUGUCUCUGUGUGUGUACGCCGUCAUUUAUACGUAUCUUUGCAUGACCGAACAUGAAUUAUAUGCAAGUGCAUUUAUGGAUACUGAAUGUGACGUUCAUCUAAUGCAUCUGUUGUGUGUGUGUGAGAGAGAGAGAUGUCCAGAUCCACCUGAGCUCCAGGUAAAGAGAGAAGAAGAAGCUUUGUUACAGAUCUUAUAUCCUGUUUACUCUUUAUCACUCCUGUCAUUUUGCACAUCAUCUGUUUACCUUGGGUAUCUGCUGCUGUUGGAUAAUUACUGCGAUUGUAAUGAAGGACCAGCUGUAACGACUGUGUAGCAUUUAUCUGAGAAAAUAUAUUUCUACACAGAAACA